AACAGAAAGAGAAGGGACGGUGGACUUUCUUAAGUCAGUUAGUUUAGUUGCUAGACGCAUUCCGAACCGACGCUGACUUGUCCCCUUAUAUAUUUUUUUCUCUAAACUGGAAUAAAUGUGAUAACAUUUAUCAAUUAUUACAAAGUGUAAAAUAAGGAUUUCUCCCCAUUUCGUGCGAGUUUUCAGUGAAUUUUUGGGAUUGACAACGCGUGUCAAGUUUAAAUGUCCAUGUUGUUGGUGUUGUGUCUGUGUUGUGUGGUGCUGAAUUUGUUGCACAGAAAUGGAUAACAUAGCCAACAACAAUUUGGUUUCGAAUUUACCUGAGGAACGCGGCUGGGAGUACAAACAAAUAUGCGUAACCCGAGUUCCGGGCUAUGGGUUCGGAAUUGCCGUCUCCGGAGGCAGAGACAAUCCGCAUUUCGCCUCCGGUGACCCCAGCAUCGCUGUCAGUGAUGUUCUAGCUUCUGGUCCGGCCGAAAGAAUUUUGCAGGUCAACGACAGGAUUAUUUCCGUGAAUGGAAUCUCCCUUCAGAAUGUUGAUUACGCCACGGCGGUUCAAGUGCUGAGGGAUUCCGGAGAUACAGUGACCUUAGUGAUUAAGAGGAGGACGACUCAGCAUCAGCAUAGUCAUAGUCUCAGUGCGUCCUACACUGGAGCACCACUUGCUGCCUUGGGAGUUAAUCCUGCGGCGACAAAGGUCACCCUUACCAAAAAUUCCAAGAAAGAAGAUUUCGGCAUAGUCCUGGGCUGCAAGCUCUUCGUUAAAGAGAUCUCGUCAAAAGCCCGCGACCAACUCCUCAACACCAACCAAGUCCUUGUCGAAGGCGACUUUAUCACAAAAAUCAACAACACGAACUGUAACGACUUAAUGUCGCUCAAAGAGGCUAAAAAAAUCAUCGACGGUACAAAAGACAAACUAACAAUCUCAAUAGCACGUGACUUUACAUCGAAUAUUUCUCAUCAGACACAAAGUUCAAUAAGCACCACUGGCGCUGUUAACAAUUUUUACAAAGGUGAUGACUUUUUAACAUCGCAGAGUUAUUCAAAUCAGAAUUUGUACGUGCAACCACCGACCAGAAACCCCAACCUCAAUACGAGUGGGGGGUUUGAGGAUAAGUUGGACCCAAAUAGUGGACCGAAUUCUUUGGUUGAUGAUAAGAGCAAUUUGGCACCGAGGGGAAGAACACGGGGGCCCUUAUCAGAGGCUAAUUUGAACCAGUUGGAUAAUAGGAAUAGUUUAGGGGGGUAUGGCAGGUCCAAGGGGAGAGAUGAGCCGCCUAGGCCUCCGCCCCCACGAGCAGAAGAUUAUUACAGUUCUCGCCGACAAAUCUACGAUGAUGAUCCAAUUAUCCAGAAGAAGCAACCGAUACCCGACGCUCGAUUCGUGACAUUCCACAAAGAGGGUUCUGUGGGAAUUCGUCUAACUGGUGGCAACUUUGUCGGAAUUUUCGUAACAGCCGUGCAACCAGGAAGUCCAGCAUCCCUUCAAGGUUUGCAACCUGGUGAUAAAAUCCUCAAAGUGAAUGAUAUGGAUAUGACUGGCGUAACGCGAGAAGAAGCCGUUCUUUUCCUCUUAAGUCUCCAAGAUCGCAUCGAACUAAUUGUUCAAUACUGCAAAGAAGAAUACGACAAUAUAGUCGCGUCCCAAAAAGGCGACAGUUUUUACAUCAAGACCCACUUUCAUUACGACAAUCCGGCAAAAGGUGAAAUGUCUUUCCGUUCCGGAGACAUUUUCCACGUCAUCGAUACGCUGUAUAACGGAGUCGUGGGCUCGUGGCAAGUGUACAGAAUUGGACGCAACAAUCAAGAAGUGCAAAAGGGAAUUAUUCCGAAUAAAGCUAGAGCCGAGGAACUGGCAACGGCUCAAUUCAACGCAACGAAAAAAGAAAUGUCGGCUAAUGAAUCAAGAGGGAGCUUCUUCAGGAGACGAAGGAGUUCGAACAGACGGUCGAAAAGUCUGGGAAAAGAGCAUUGGGAUGAUAUUUUGUUUUCCGACACUGUUUCCAAAUUUCCUGCUUAUGAACGCGUUUUGCUCAAACAUCCUGGGUUUACAAGACCUGUUAUUCUCUUUGGGCCGAUUGCUGACGUCGCAAGGGAGAAACUACUCAAGGAUUUUCCGGAUAAAUUCAUAUCACCUCAACUCGAUUCAACAAAUGAGGAAAACACAAAAUCGCAGAAAACUUCAAACAUCAUACGAUUAUCAGCGAUUCGUGACGUCAUUUCAACUGGGAAACACGCCCUUUUGGACAUAACUCCCAACGCGGUUGAACGCUUGAAUUAUGCCCAAAUUUACCCAAUUGUAGUGUUUUUCAAAGCUGAGAGCAAGAUUGUGAUCAAGCAGUUGCGUCAGGGCUUGCCCAAGUCUGCGCACAAAAGUUCGAAAAAAUUGCUAGAACAAUGCCAAAAACUGGACAAAGUGUGGAGCCACAUUUUCAGUGCUACCAUAACAAUGAACGACAAUACGGAUAACUGGUAUCGCAAAGUUCGUGAUAUUAUUGAUAAGCAACAAAGUGGCGCCCUCUGGAUGAGCGAAAGCAAGUUGGGGGCGGAUAUGUUUUCUGACAUUUAUUUCCAAUACACCUGUAGACCUAAUAACAAAUCCAAUUCCUUGCCUAACAGGUAUAGACCUUCUCGAAGUCGUACGAGAAGGGUACCGCUUUCUAUGUACAGUAGUCCUCAAUUUAUUUAUCCCGUGGUACAUUCCCAAUUUUCUCCGAGUCAGAGUAGUUUGUACAGUUCGAGUACCGGUCUGCCAUAUCCCGAAGAAUCACUCUCAGACGAUUUCCUGUUCCCAAUGUCAUCUUUGCGACUAUCAUACGCUAGUAGUCCUGAAAGUGACUUGGAACACAGUCCUGGCCCUCCAGUCUCUUCAAAUUCACCAACAGCUGGACGCUUAACAAAAGCCAGUUCUGAUCCAAGUGUUGUAAUGCCUGAUAGUAGCACCACAGAUGUUUUACCGCCAUAUCAGCCAAACUACGACUCUAGGUAUGGUUUUAACAACAAUCAAUCGAAUGACCAAGUUAAUUUGACCAAAGAACCGAACUAUUUGUCCAAUCAAGAUAUUCCUGGUAGUUUGGACCAGUAUGGCAAAAGUGGGUUAUAUAAUACUCAAAUGGACACGAGAACUGAUUUUGGGAAUGUGCAACAUAAGAGACAAGUUAGUAGUCUUCAUCAUGGGUAUAACCAUCCCAAGAGUCAUAGCAUAAACGAGCAAAGUCCGCGAAGGAGUCCCAAGGAAGGGGUUUAUGGGCAAGUCCCCGAUUUACCACCGCGCAUUGACCGCGCAAUCAAACCCAUCAGUUUGUUAACCACACCCAGCAAAAUACCCAACGGCCGUUCGGCACAUGAAAGACUUUUCGGUACCAAACCGGGUCAAGCUCUGGAUAAUCCGGAACAAAACAACAACGAUAAUAACAAUUUCAGCAACAAGUUGGGCUCAUUAGAACGAAGUCAGAACUCAAAGUCGGAUUCUCUUUCAAGUUACGAUUCUUUCAACAAACAGACGAAUAAUCGAAUCGGUCCGAACGCUCACGACGAUCUCAAAACAACCCUGUCCAAAAUCGAGCCUGGCUCUGUCCAGAAUAGUCCGUCCAAAUACAAUUCUGGCAAUAGGUGGGACCAAAACCCACACAGACACAACUCGAAGCUGGAUUUGAAAUAUGGUUUGCCUCAAAAUGACCACAAUGACAAUAGUCCGCGCAAUUCUCGCGAGUUGGAUAAGGAAUCGCGUCCAAUGGAAAAUAUGAGUCCGAGAGGAUCUGUCGAACGUGAUAUUUAUCGAUACUCGAGGUCUCCUGCGAAAAAGGGGCACGUGGAAACCAAAACAGAUUAUGGUAAAUACAGUCGGAAUAACAGUUCCGCACAAGAUUAUGCGAGGAGUUCGCAUCAGGAUUUGAGUCAGUCGCAUUUGAGUGUGCACCAAGUGCCUCCACAUCACCACUCGCCCAUGAAGAGUCCACCGGUGCACCACAAUGGGUUUGAUAAUGGAGGUCAUAUGGGACCUCCUAACGGUAAUGGGUAUAAGCCGGUGCCGCCUCCGAAACCGAAAAAUUACAAACCUCCAUAUAAAGGGCAACAGGGUUAUGGGGAAGGGAUGGUGCAACCACCUAUGCCGACAUACCAACAUGGGAAGAGUCACAGUAAUCCAGUGGACCAAAGGGCCCAAAACAUGAACUACUAUUACAACAUGCCACAAAACAACAGUUGGCACACUGAAACGGCCGUCCGAUUUAAUUCCGAAAUGCACGGUCAUUACGACAUGGCUCCUCCAUACGAAACGAGGAGACACCCAAGCAUAUCAUACGCCUCCAGGAGUGAAAUAACACCCAUUGCCCAACACGAUAACCCAUAUGGGAUGGAUGGAGGCGAUAUGUUGAUGGAUGCACGGCCUCCGGAACGCAGCAAUAUUGUCGAUUUGCAAGGGUCAAGGGAACAAAGAGGAUCGGCAUUUGAGUUGUACAGAAAACCUGUACAUCAUAAUUUAAGGGUUCAGGAUGAUGGCGCUUUGUUCGGAUCACAGCCUAACAUAAUCCAAAAACUAAACACUAAUAACUCGCCUAAAGUAACGCCAAAACUAACCAAAACGCAAUCGUUCAAACACCAACGCUCCGAAGGCGGCGGUCUCAGCGCAGCGAAAAUCUUCCGAAAGUUUUCGUUUAAAUCGAGAAGUAGGGAAGGCACACCCAAGAUGCCGAAAAAAUUAUCAGUGAAACCCAAAGAUGACCGAAUGCGACCGAGCAAACGCGAUAUCACUUCGGCCAUCAUCGACCACCGAGGUGGCACGAUGAUUAACGAGUAUUGGGGCGUUUCGCUGGAAAUACCCGAAAAUGCGAUCCCCAUUGGGGAACAAAAAGAAAUCUAUUUUGUUAUUUCCGAUCCGAGGUUGUGUGAUAACAACGUGCCGCCGCUGGAUUUGGAAAACGGUGAAGCAAUGUUAUCGCCAAUUGUCAUGUGCGGACCGCAAGGAACUGAGUUUUUGAAGCCUGUGAUCCUCAAUAUUCCGCAUUAUGCCAACACAUUGCCCAGUCUCGGGAUCAGUUUGAAAGCGACAGACUCCGAACAAGAUGUGCACACAGACUGGGACAACAUUUUACUGCCUAGCAAUCACGCCGCCAACAGUGUGGCCGUUAAAGUCGAUCACUUUUAAAUUUAUUAUUUAAUCAGCGACAAAUUUGCUCAAGUUUGCCAUUUUUUAUUACUAUUUCGCUCUCAUUAUAUUUUUAUUUUAAAUGUAUUUCUUUUAUUUUUUAGACUGAUGUAACUGCAACUUGUUUGUAAUUUUAUUUGUAAAUAAACGAAAUUUAUUUUAGUACCCUGAA